GCCCCCCAUGGCCCCAGCGCCCCGGGCCCCGGCCUCCUGCCCGCCCGGCCCCGCCCUGCCCCGCAUCUCCCCACCCCCCACGCGUGUGCCCGGCGCCCGGGAGUCGGAGACUGAGCCGCAGCCGGGGAUUGGCGGGGCUCGAACCACGGCCUGAUCCGGCCCGGGGCCUCGUGGGCCUGGGCCCUAGGGGUCCGGGCCCGGGGCGAUCUGUGACCUGUGACCCCGCCCCAGGGGGCUCCAGGGCUCCUGGGUGCCAGCCUCUGUAGCCGUGGAGUGAGGAUGCUGGGCCUGCCGCUCCUGUGCCUGUUGGCUCUGGGUCCCCCACGGCCGGGGGCUGCCAGUGCGGUGGGACCGGCGCCCGACGGCUCGGUCUCGGGGCCCUGCCCCCGGCGCUGCCGAUGCCAGACCUCCUCCCCCCCCCGGAGCGUGCUGUGCCCGGGAGCGGGCCUGCUCUUUGUGCCCCCCGGACUGGACCGCAGGGCGUCCGAGCUUCGCCUCCCCGACAACUUCAUAGCCUCGGUGAGGCGCCGGGACCUGGCCAACAUGACGGGCCUGCUGCACCUCAGCCUCAGCCGCAACACGCUGGCCCACAUCGCGCCCGGGGCCUUCGCUGACCUGCGCGCCCUGCGCGCCCUGCACCUGGACGGCAACCGCUUGUCCUCCUUGGGCGCGGCGCAGCUGCGGGGGCUGGUCAGCCUGCGCCACCUCAUCCUGGCCAACAACCAGCUGGGCGUCCUGGCGGCGGGAGCCCUGGCCGACUGUGCCGAGACCCUGGAGGACCUGGACCUCAGCUACAACAACCUGGAGGCGCUGCCCUGGGACGCCGUGGCCCGGCUGGCCAACGUCAACACGCUGGGCCUGGACCAUAACCUGCUGGCGGCCGUCCCCGCGGGGGCCUUCGCCGGGCUGCACAAGCUGGCCAGGCUGGACAUGACGGCCAACCGGCUGACCACCAUCCCUCCGGACCCACUUUUUUCCCGGCUUCCCGUGCUGUCCCGGCCCAGACCGGGAGCACCAGCCUCUGCCCUGGUACUGGCCUUCGGGGGGAAUCCGCUCCACUGCAACUGUGAGCUGGUGUGGCUGAGGAGGCUGGCCCGGGAGGAUGACCUGGAGGCCUGUGCCUCCCCGCCGGCCCUGGGAGGCCGCUCCUUCUGGGCUGUGCGAGAGGACGAGUUUGUGUGUGAGCCGCCGGUGGUCACCCACCGGUCCCCACCGGUAGCCGUGCCCGAGGGCCGCACCGCCUCCCUGCGCUGUCGGGCCGCUGGGGACCCCGAGCCCCGAGUCCGCUGGGUGUCCCCCCGAGGCCGGCUUCUGGGGAACUCCAGCCGCACUCGGGCCUUUCCCAACGGGACGCUGGAGCUGCUGGCAGCCACGCCUGGCGACGGCGGCGUCUUCACCUGCAUCGCGGCGAAUGCUGCCGGAGAAGCCACGGCCUCUGUGGAGCUCACCGUGGGGCCGCCCCCACCCCAGCUGGCCAACAGUACCAGCUGUGAGCCCCGCGGGGAAGGAGAGGACGGAGAAGGGGGGGCCCCUCUCACUCCCUCCUCUUCAUCGGCUUCCUCGUCCUUGGCCCCCAUGGAUCCCCGGGCCGGGCUCCCACAGGCCCCCGAACACGACGGGGACGGCGAAGGGGGCAGCGUCCAGGUGGCCGAGCGCAGCGCCACAGCCGCCCUCAUCCGCUGGCCCGACCACGGGCCCGUCCCCGGCCUCCGCAUGUAUCAGAUCCAGUACAACAGCUCUGCCGAUGAUAUCCUGGUCUACAGGAUGGUCCCCGCUGGAAGCCGCUCCUUCCACCUGACGGACCUGGUGUCGGGGCGCACCUAUGACCUCUGCGUGCUGGCAGUGUCGGAGGAUGGGGCCACCGGGCUGACGGCCACGCGGGCCGUGGGCUGUGCCCGCUUUUCCACGGAACCGGAGCUGCGGCCGUGCCGCUCGCCACACUCAGGGGCGCCCGUCCUCGGGGGCACCAUGAUCAUCGCUCUGGGGGGCGUUAUUGUCGCCUCCGUGCUGGGCUUCAUUUUCCUACUGCUGCUCCGAUACAAGGUGCAUGGGGACCAGCCUCCGGGCAAGCCCGCGACUCGGGGAGGGGUCAGCAGCGUCUGCUCCCAGACCAACGGCGGGGCCCCGGCCCCAGGCCCCGAGAGCUCAGCCUCAGACUCGGACCCUACGCCUCCGACCCCCAUCAAGGGGCACACCUUGGUACAACUGGACUUCGAGCCUUCGAGGGGCCCUCGGGGCCGACUCGCUCAUGAACGUGGAGGGCAGUGAUCCCGAGGGAAACCCCUCCGACAUCCCUAGAUCUGGACUGCUCCCUAGAAUGUCUCCAGUCUCAGCCUGGCUCCAUCUUGGCCCCUUGGAUGCCUUGAGACCUGGCCUUGGUCCUGAGAUGUUCCUUGGCCUGGCCCGGCCUGGCCUCGCAGGCGCUCCCAGCCCCGGCCCCAGGGAUGGACGUGGACAGAGCAGACGCCAGGGGCCGGGGCUGGGCCGAGAAGGGGCAUGGGGGGAGUCCAUGCUUGGAUGCUGGCCCACCUCGCGACUCCUGCCCAACCUCCUAUUUUUAACAAUCCCGCGAGGGACUUGGCGGGAAAGUGGGGACACUAUGGAGAUUAUGUCAAGAGAAACCUAUUUUUCUAA